AUGGCCAAGCACGAUCAAGUACCGUCUGAGGAAUCUCCAAUCAACACCCCUAUGACGAACCCUCCUAAGGUUACUAGCGAUGAUUUCGCCCUAGCCUUCGACAUCGAUGGCGUUCUGAUCAAGGGCGGCGAGCCUAUUCCCGAAGCCGUUGAUGCUAUGAAGUAUAUCAACGGCGAAAACCCCUACGGAGUCAAAGUUCCUUAUAUUUUCUUGACCAACGGCGGCGGAAAGACAGAGAAAGAGCGAUGCCUGGACCUCAGCAAACAACUCGACCUGGAAGUCGACCCUGGCCAGUUUAUCUGUGGCCACACACCCAUGCGCGAAAUGGCAGAGCGAUACAACACCGUCCUGGUGGUUGGUGGCGAGGGUGAAAAAUGCCGGGUCGUGGCUGAAGGAUACGGAUUCAAGGAUGUCAUCACACCCGGAGAUAUCAUUAAGACGAGACACGAUACUACGCCAUUCCGAACGCUGACGGAUGAGGAGCACCAAAAUUCCCGACUGCUCGAUUUAGACAAGGUCCGCAUCGAAGCGAUCUUCGUCUUUGCAGAUAGUCGCGACUGGGCCGGUGACCAGCAAAUCAUUUUGGACUGCCUCAUGAGCAAAGACGGCUGGUUGAAUAAACGGUCGGAGAUCUUCACUGAAGGUCCACCUGUCUUCUUCUCGCACACCGAUGUGGUUUGGUCAACAUCGCAUGAACAUUCACGUCUUGGAAUGGGAGCGCUGCGCGCUUCCCUCGAGGCUGUUUACACGGCUAUCACAGGCAAAGACCUCAACACUACUGCUUUCGGUAAGCCGCAGCUCGGAACCUAUGGAUUUGCCACCCGGCUUUUGCAAAAGUGGCGAAAGGACUCGUGUGGCAUCGACAGGUCUCCGUCUACCGUGUACUUUAUUGGCGAUACUCCGGAGUCCGACAUCCGUGGAACAAAUGAAUUUAACGAGACUACGGAAAAUGACUGGUUCUCCAUUCUGGUUAAGACUGGAGUCUACCAGGAUGGUGCUGUCCCACGCUAUCCACCCAGAAAGAUAUGCGAUAAUGUUUUUGAUGCCGUCAAGUUUGCUAUCGAGCGCGAGCAUCGAAAGACUUCCAAAGGAAUAACUGUUUCCGAGCUCGACUAUGACAUCAGCGAAGCAGUUCCCAAAUAA